UUUCGUGCGGAAGCGCUGCGAGACUCCGGGCAGAGACAGUAGCAGAAGGAGAAGAAAGAUGAUGGGAGCGGAAAUCUUUUCACACAAGUGACCCAUUUUCAAGCGCAUGUCUUCGAGAAGCCUAGUUCUUGUUUAAGAUAUAUUUUUGUAUUUUUAAAUCUACAAUAAUGUCGGCGUCGGCGAUAUUUGUGCUGGACCUGAAGGGAAAGGUCUUGAUCUGCCGUAAUUACAUGGGAAACAUGGAUAUGAAUGAGAUUGACCACUUCUUGCCAAUGUUAAUGAAGCGGGAGGAAGAGGCAGAGAUGACUCCACUGGUUACCCAUGGCUCCUCGCACUUUCUGUGGAUCAAGCACAACAACCUUUACUUGGUAGCCAUGACCAAAAAGAAUGCCAAUGCUGCUCUGGUGUAUUCCUUCCUUUAUAGAAUUGUCCAGGUGUUUCAGGAGUACUUUCAGGAGCUGGAGGAGGAGAGUGUUCGUGACAACUUUGUGACUGUUUAUGAACUGAUGGAUGAAAUAAUGGAUUUUGGAUUCCCACAAACAACUGACAGCAAGAUUCUUCAAGAAUAUAUUACCCAGCAGGGUCACAAGCUUGAGAUUGGGGCUGUUAGGCCUCCCGCCACUGUGACCAAUGCUGUGUCUUGGCGAUCAGAGGGCAUCAAGUACAGAAAUAAUGAAGUCUUUAUGGAUGUCAUCGAGUCGGUAAAUCUACUGGUGAGUGCCACUGGCACUGUCCUCCGAAGUGACAUAGUGGGUAGCAUUAAGCUCAAAGUGGUCCUUUCAGGAAUGCCUGAACUCAGACUGGGCCUCAAUGACAAAGUGCUGUUCGAAAUCACAGGGAGAGCCAAGACUAAAACCGUGGAGCUUGAGGACGUGAAGUUUCAUCAAUGUGUCCGUCUUUCGCGCUUCCAGAAUGACCGUACAAUUUCUUUCAUCCCUCCUGACGGCGAGAGCGAGCUCAUGUCCUACCGUCUUAACACAACAGUCAAGCCACUCAUAUGGAUUGAGAGCGUGAUAGAGAGGUUCUCCCACAGCCGUAUCGAGAUCAAGGUGAAGGCUAAGAGUCAGUUUAAGAGUCGGUCAACUGCCAACAAUGUGUCUAUUUUGGUGCCGGUGCCCAAUGAUGCGGACUCACCAAAGUUCAGGACCAGCACGGGCAGUGCCAAGUGGUUACCGGAGAAGAAUGUAGUGCAGUGGAAUAUCAAAUCUUUUCCUGGUGGUAAGGAGUAUUUGAUGCGGGCGCACUUUGGACUACCCAGUGUGGAGAGUGAGGAGAUGGAGGGAAAAAGACCAAUCACUGUUAAUUUUGAAAUCCCCUAUUUUACAGUCUCUGGCCUUCAGGUGCGCUACCUGAAGAUUAUAGAGAAGAGUGGUUAUCAGGCCUUGCCUUGGGUGCGCUACAUCACACAAAGUGGAGAUUACCAGCUGCGGACAAACUAAAGGGUAAAGUUGCUGGAAGACGAAUGGCUCUCUGUGUGACUCCCAGCCUCUUACUGCAUGAGUGGGACAGCAGAAAAGUCCCCUCUUCCAUACUACAAAAAAAUUAUGGAAUUCCAAAAAAAGAAAAGAUGUGCAAAUUUCAGAAUCUCCUGUUAUGCAAGCCCACAAAUGUCCACGGCAGAGUACGCCGCUUCUCAGAAGGAUAUCAUACUUGUUUUUAUAUUACAAGAGCAAGAGAUCAAAGACUUUUUUUUUCUUUAAAGAUUGUAAUAUUGCACGUCUUUGACUUUUUUAUGCCAAGAAAAACAAAUAAUGACACAUUGAAUUUUAUAUAUAAAAUGCCAACUAAUGUCAAUGUAUAAACACUUAAUAUUUGCAUAUUUUCAAACUCAACAUAAAAAAGAAAAACUUGGGAAAGUAUUUUGUGUUUGUGCUUGCAAUGUAUGUUUUCUGUUCCUAAAACUCCAUUACUUGAGGCAGUCCAUACAGUCACUCGAUUUAUGAGAAACGUUAUAUUGUUUGUUUAUGAUGACCAAAAAGUAUAUUAAUCUACCGUAUUUUUCAGACUAUAAGUCACAGUUUUUUUCAUAGUUUUUCCGGGGGUGCGAUUUAUACUCAGAAGCGACUUCUGUGUGAAAUUAUUAACACAUGACUGUAAAAUAUCAAAUAAUAUUAUUUAGUUCAUUCACGUAAGAGACUAGCCGUACAGGAUUUCUUGGGAUUUAGCAAUUGGGAGUGAUAGAUUGUUUGGUUAACUUAUAUGUUACGUUAACAUACCAGACACCUUCUCAGUUGGUUAUUUAUGCCUCAUAUAACGUACACUUAUUCAGCCUGUUGUUCACUAUUCUUUAUUUAUUUUUAAAUGGCCUUUCAAAUUUCUAUUCUUGGUGUUGGGUUUUAUCAAAUAAAUGUCCCCCAAAAAUGCGACUUAUACUCUAGUGCGACUUAUACAUGUUUUUUUCCUUCUUUAUUAUGCGUUUUCGGCAGGUGCCACUUAAACUCCGAAAAAUACGGUAUGUUUUUAUCCUGAAAACCAAUUUGGCAGUCAUUUCCUGUAUGUAACAUUAAUUCGUUUUUGAGUAAAUAGUAGACAUCGAACUGUACUUGGAUCGCCCCAGUUUUAAUGGUCAGACUCGUUGGUGUGACGUCACCUACGAAAAAGACAUUUGUGGCUUGUGCAGCCCUUUGAGACACUCGCGAUUUAGGGCUAUAUAAGUUAACAUUGAUUGAUUGAUGACAGUGUGGAUAAAGGAAUGUAAAACUAUUAUUUUGAUCACUUAAUACAGGGGUGUUAAACGUACGAACAGGUUUUAUCCGGCCCGCGGGAUGAGUUUGCAGAGUAUAAAAAUUAGCCCAAAUUUUUGAAUGAAAGAAACUGUUGUUCUAAAUGUGUCCACCAGAUGUCACAAUUGCAAUUAUUUGUAUCUUUGUAGUGUAUGCUACAUAUGUAAAAAAAGAAAAAUGAUGUUAGUGCAGCAGUCGAGGAGAAUUAUCAAACUACAUAAAUAAUAUCUUGUAAUUUGAUUUUGAUAUUCUGUUUUUAUCUUGAUGGAUUGAAAAUUAACACCAAUGAGUUGACUGAUGAAUAUUAUCCCAUGAUUUAUUCAGAAAGUAUAAAUAAUGACAAAUACAGAUAUAAUACUAUUAAUCGCAACAUUUAAGUGUAAAAGAAAAAAACAACAUUAUGAGUUGUACAUUUUCAAAAUGUGCUUGUUUUUAAACAAAGAAAAAAAAUCCAAAGUUGACUUAAUUUUUAAAUUAUCAUGCCGUGAUUUUACUAGUCCGGCCCACUCGGGAGUAGAUUUUUCUCCAUGUGGCCCCCGACCUAAAAUUAGAUAGUUUGACACCCCUGACUUAAUUGCAGCUUUUUGUUUCCCUGGUCCAUGAUUACUUAACAACUGAUAUUGUUAACAGUAUGAAUAGAAAAUAAUAUAUAAAAAAUAAUAUAAAAUAAUUGCCAUUUCCGAACAUUCCUGUUCAUCCCUUUCAUUUUCCAUAGACACCAUCGCCUGUGUUUCCUAAUGUGCUUUCAGCAUUUGCUCAAGUACCUUGCGGAAAACAUCAGUGGACGAGGAUGCAAAAUACAAUACUAGCCUCUCACCGUCUUUUUUUCUUGUUUUUGACCGCCGGUUCUGCUCUUCUUUUCCAUUUUUCUUCUCAUAAGUUGUCCUGAUUUUUGGGAUCGCCUUUGGCUUGAGUCUUUAAAUUUUUUUUUUAAUUAUCCAAACACCGACCAAAACCUUUCGUCUUAGAAGUCAGAAGCAAUAAAAUGACUGCUGAAAAAUUACACUCUUCUCACUUAGUCCAACCCAUUUUGUGUGAGUCAGUUUGACUGGAGAGUUCCAUACCUUCUUCAUAUUCCCAUCAUUUGUUUAUGUACAGUUGUGGACAAAAGUUUACAUACACUUGUGAAGGACAUCAUGUCAUGGCUGUCUUGAGUUUCCAAUCAUUUCUUCAACUCUUAUUUUUUUGUGAUAGAGAGAUUGAAGCACAUACUUGUUGGUCUCAAAAAACAUUCAUAAAGUGUGGUUCUUUUAUGAAUUUAUUAUGGGUCUACUGAAAAUGUGACCAAAUCUGCUGGGUCAAAAGUAUACAUACAGCAAUGUUAAGUGGAAUUUUUGACCACUCCUCUUGACAAAAUUGGUGCAGUUCAGCUAAAUGUGUUGGUUUUCUGACAUGGAUUUGUUUCUUCAGCAUUGUCCACACGUUUAAGUCAGGACUUUGGGAAGACCAAUCCAAAACCUUAAUUCCAGCCUGCUUUAGCCAUUCCUUUACCACUUUUGACAUGUGUUUGGGGUCAUUGUCCUGUUGGAAACACCCAAAAUCCAACCUCAGGGCUGAUGAUUUUAGGUUGUCCUGAAGAAUUUGGAGGUAAUCCUCCUUUUGUAUUGUCCCAUUUAAAGCACCAGUUCCAUUGGCAGCAAAACAGGCCCAGAGCAUAAUACUACCACCACCAUGCUUGACAAUAGGUCUGGUGUUCCUUUUCUCCUCCAAAACAUAUUGAUGUAUAUGGUGGCCAAACAGCUCAAUUUGUGUUUCAUCUGACAUCACAUGGACAAAAAUAAAACCUUCUAGAGGAAAGUUAUGUGGUCAGAUGAAACAAAAAUUACAUAUUACACAAAUUGCCUCCGGUCUUCUGUAGGUGACGUCAGCACGCUGAUGAAGGCCCGCGCACAUGUUGGAGCUAAAAGUGGGCGUUCGAAAAUGUGCUUCAUGAAACUCGUUAGAAAACAUGUCUAAAAUCAUUAAUUGUUUAUUUUAGGGGGGAUUUUACCAUUUUAGGUCUAGAACAAUGAAAUAAGUGCCAAAGUUAGCUGUUGAUGUGUCACCGCCACUCGCACUGUGAACAUAAUCCUCUGCAAAGUGAACCUAAAACCAGCGAGCAGGUCAAUGAUUAAUAAGGCAUUAUACUGACUGAGACGUUGGCAGUGUAGCGUUACACCGCUGGCGGCCACAGGAAGCCUGUAACCUUGUCCUUAUGCUCCAAAUCCAUUUGCAGCUUUGACGAGAGUCUAAAAGAGUAAGCCGGACACAAAAUUGUUGCCGUAUUUGCAUCUCUUGCUGCUUAUAACGUCACUGAGACAAAAGUAACCAGGUUAAAAUGAUUCCUUAAUAACAUGUUUACAUAUUGAUUUUUGUAUUACUUUAUUUUUAAUGUAGAUGUGUCUGGUUCUUUAAAGUAGUUUGGAGUAGUGUUCUCGUUAUUAAAUAUGUUCCCGUUAAGGCAACAUGACGUUGUGUUACAUAUUGCAUGACAGACUUUAAAUUGAUAAGUAUGUUAUUGGUUGUCAUUUCCUGUUCACUGACACAUGAAUCAAUGAGAUGUUUUUGGAAAUAAAAGUUUUUUGUACAUUCUA